AUGACUAAUAAAAUAAAUGUAUAUGAUUUUCCGAUUACUUCGGUCUUAACAUCGUAUAAAUACCCUUAUGAAGAUUUUGAGCAAUCUUUUAGAAUGCUUAAGUGUAUUAAAUCAGCUGGUAAUGAUAAUAUAAAUGUGAGUUUAAGUGGUAGUUGUUGGGAUGGUUGGUUGGAGUAUAGAAACUAUUGCUAUUUUUUUCAUAAUAAGACAUGGCAAGCAAAAAAUUGGAGAGAUGCUUUAUUGUCAUGUCAAACGAAUGGUGGAAAUUUGUUGAGUAUAGCAGAUCAAGCAGAAAAUAAUUUUGUUUUAAAAAUUAUUAAAGAUAUUGGCAUAAAUAAGGAUAAUUACUGGAUUGGGCUUAAUGAUGCUUUUAACAAUAGAGAGUUUGUGUGGUCAGAUAACACAUAUCCUGAGUAUUUCGAUUGGAAAGCGACAGAACCUAACAACUAUUAUGGAAAUGAUGAAAACUGUGUGGAAAUGAAUUAUUAUGGUUGGAAUGAUGUGGAAUCCGAGGUUUUUCAGUUUAUUCUUGAGGUGUAUGGACAUGUCGUUUAUUUGAAUUGA